AUGAAACAUGCAGAUAUUUUGGACCAGUAUGAAAUGAACAUGGCUGAUGGAAAUAUAACACCUGACGUUCUAGAACAUUUAUCUCAAAGAACUACACAGAACCAUAGAGAUGGUAUAUUUGGUGAAGAGUUUAGAAAGACAGUUAGGGAGAGAGAAGGAAGAGAACCUAUUGUACAUGACCUUGCAAACGAAAGUUUACAAAAUGUCAUAAAAACUUACUUUGCAGACGAUGAAUCGAGAAGGGAUGAAUAUUUAAGAAAACUCAAAUGGACAGUACCAAAUGAAAUGUUAGUAUUGAAAAACAUGUUCCUUGACAAAAUAAAACCAACUACAGAAAUAAACGACGCAAGACUGAAAGAUUGGGUAAAAGCUUUCCCAUUCACAAAAGAUAUAGUUGGUAACAUGGAAAGAAAACCAGAAUGGCUACAAAAACAUAUAUUUGGAAACGAGCUUAUUCCAUAUGGACAGGCACUGUUUGAAGCGCUUGAACCGGAAACUCAGGAAAGAGUCAUGCAAACAAUACGCGAAGACUCAAAUACAGACUAUGACAAACUCUUUCUAGGAUAUAGGUUACCUGAGAUGGGCGACCAGAGCCAAAAGGCAAAAAGGACAUGGGAAAUUUGCAACAUACUAGAUGAACAUAAUGCAAAGAUGCAACAACUUCAAGCAGAGUUAAAAACUCAGUCAGGAAGAAAGUAA